AUGGCAUCUGCUGGUUUGCCUAAAAGUGAGAGUGCACACAUUAUGGCAUCUACUACCUUGCCUGAAAGUGAGGGUGCACGGACUUCGGCAUCUGCUUCUAUACCUGAAGGCAGGAGCAGCCAUGGUCGUAGCAUUACUUCUUCCAGUGAGAGCCAAAGGAUUUUAUCAGCCACUCAGCAUCUGUUGUUUCAUUGUAGUAACACUACUGUAGAAAGGAGCAAUGUGGAUCAAAAUUGCCCCAUAUGGGUAUUCUUGUGUAUUGUAAAAGGAAAAAAUGUAGUUGCAUAUGUUAGGUGGAAUAGCUUCUUUGAAACCAGAGAGCCCGCAAUCACAAAUCAAUUUGAGGAAAAACUGGGACAAGGAGGUUACGGAACUGUAUUCAAAGGAAAACUUUCCAAUGAAAUUCUUGUUGCUGUUAAGCUCCUCGACAAUUCCACAGGGAAAGGGGAAGAUUUCAUUAAUGAAGUGGGAACAAUAGGUAGAAUCCACCACGUCAAUGUUGUUCGCCUGGUGGGGUUCUGUGCUGAUGGAUUCAAACGAGUUUUUGUUUAUGAGUUCUUACCAAAUGAUUCAUUACAGAAGUUCUUGUUUACUGAAAACCACAAAAAACAUUCAUUUGGUUUGGAGAAGCUGCAAGAUAUUGCUCUGGAAAUUGCCAAGGGAAUUGAAUAUCUUCACCAAGGGUGCAAUCAACGAAUACUUCAUUUUGAUAUAAAGCCUCACAAUAUCUUGCUAGACCACAACUUCAAUCCAAAGGUCUCAGAUUUUGGCCUAGCAAAGUUGUGUUCCAAGGAACAAAGUACAGUGUCUAUGACUGCGGCCAGAGGGACCAUAGUGUCACGAGCUUAA